GAAUGCCAUGUGACCCGACCACGUAGGGUAGCCCACCAGCCAUCAAGCCCACCUUCAGACAGCAGCCUGUUCGUCGCUGCAAGCCUGCAAGCAUCUAACACAGUCGUAGCCUUGUAGGGCAGCAAUGACGCUUCGCUCGGUCCAGCGGUCGCAGCGCCGAAGCUCCACCGGCGGGCAGCCCGUGCAGCGGACGCCCAGCCACGGCGAGAAGCGCGGCGGCACGCUGGAUGCGCGCGCACAGGGGCGGUAUAAGCGGAGGAAGCCCGCCAGCGCGUCGCGCUCCGCGCGUGGUCAAUCCGCCGACGAGCCCGACGAUUCCGAGAGACCCGCGCGCCGUGCGUCGCUGCGCGCCGCUGCCGGCGGGAAAGAGGGCGCGAGGAAGGGGAAGCGGAAGGAGAGUGAGGAGAAGCCGGUCUCGAUGAUUCUCCCGCCGAUUCCCAGCAGCGCGGGGGCCUUGUUCCAAGUCCGCACCAACCUGACAGACUUCAGGGCGCGCCAGCUGGCGAUGGCGGUGGAGGCGGGCGUCAGCAGCGAGGUGGUGUGGGCGCUCAACGCGCUGCAGCUGCUCAGCUUCUCGCACAAGGACACGUGGCAGCACGGGGUUGGACCUCUCAGCAAGGCGCCUCAGCUGCUCUCAGCGUUAACCUCAGUGGUUGCAUCGUGGCGUGUGUGCUCUCUCGAGACAACCGACGCUGCCACGUGGCGAGCCAUGAGGGGAGGACCCGAGGGCGGCGACACGGCAGCAGCAGGGCAGUCUGCGUUCGAGAGCACGGCGAGGAGCGGUAGGCCCGGGCGGCCGUCUCGCCUGCUGCACGACCCCCUUGGGGAGCGCAUUUGCACCUACUUCCCGGAGGCUGCUCGCCCUCUCAUGCCCGCCCCGCCGCCCACCGCUCUGCAACCCUCACCCGCGGACCACCCUCUUGCCGCCGCUGCUGCUGCGGCUGCUGCUGGUGGCAUGAGCGCGUAUGGGCGCGGGCACAGGGGAGGGGGGGUGGAGGCGCGGGGAGGAGAAGGGGGCGGGGAGGCGGGUGGCGGGAGAGGAGAGGAUGUGGGAGGUGCAGUGGCAGGGGGGGCGGGGGGGAAGGCGGAGGGGGAGGAGGGGGGAGAGGAGGCGGGCUGGGAGUCAGAGCUGAGUGCGGAGGAGCGCGAGCUGUGGUGGGCGGAGCGGAGGGUGUUCAACAGCGGGGAUGGGGGGCGGGGUGAGAAGGUGCAGUGCGCCACAGCGGCGUCCAGCGUGCUUCGGAAUUUCUCCUUCUUCCCCGAGUGCGCCCAGGCCAUGGGAGGCCAUGCGGCGUGCGUGGCCAUGCUGGUGGCAGCGAUGGAGGACCACGAGAGGGAGGACGAGGAGAUCGUGACCAAUGCGGUGGAGACACUUGGCAACAUCGCACCGGCCGUUGACCUCGCCUCCUACCCCAACCAUCCCCUCCCCGACCCCUCCUCCACCGCCCCCCUCUCCUCCGCGCUGCCUGACUCAGCAGCAGCCGCCCCUCCCGUCUCCCUCACUCGCUCUGCUGCUGCUCACGCCGCUGCGCCCGCUGAUGGGCUCACCAUGGCCGCCCCUGCUGCUGCUGCUGCUGCCGGUGGUGCUGGUGGGGGCGGGGCUCGAGGGGUGAUGAGCGUGCCGCGCAUCCUGGCAGUGCUGGCCGCGCUGCUGCGCAGCCCCGUGGCGCCGUGGCAGGUGGCGGCGGCGGAGGCGUGGGGGCGGCUGCUGCUGUGCGGCGACAACGACCUGCUGCUGCUGCCCGCUGCCACCCACCUCAAGGUGUACCCGCAGCUGUCGCUGCUGCUGGCCUCCCGCGACCCCGACUUCCAGGCCAGGGCGCUCUCCUCCAUCGCGCUCUUUGCUGACGCCUCUCCGGGCGCCAAGUACAGCCUGGCACACACGCCACAUCUCCUCGCCCGUCUGCUGUCGCUGGUAACCGCACCUCACCCGUUACCUCGGGUGGUGCGCCGGGCCGCCGCCAUGCUGCUGGCGCUCGCCAGGGAGCCGCGCACGCGUGCCGCCUUCACGCCGCUCGAGCCACAAAUCGCCCGCGCUGCUUUCCACUGCAGCCCUCCUGCUGCUGCCACUGCUGGUGCUGGCGCCGGUGGGGGUGUUGGGGGCGGCGGUGGCGUGGAGGUGCAGGUGAGUGAGGCGCUGGCGGAGGUGCUGUGGCGCGUGUCGUGCGCGCUGGGGGCGGAGCAGUGGCGCACGGGUGAGGGGGGCGCUGGGGAAAACCUGUGGGGUGCAAGAGGGUGCGACACGUGAUGGUAGUGCUGGUGGUGUGACGAGUGCCGUGGUGGUGGUGGGAUCGCAGCGGGGAUAGUGGUGGUGCUGGUUUGAUGUUGCUGCUGCUGCUGGUGAUUGUUGAGAGCGAUGGUGUGGUGAGGACGUGGCAUUGAUGGUGACGGUGCUGUGGGGACUGCUGGCAUGUGUGAUGGCUCGCUGGGGCUGGGGCUGCCAUCCACACUGCCGCUUGCUGCUGCUGCUGCUGCUUGCUGCUUGCUGGGGUCCUUGCUGGUGCUGCUUGCUGGGGUCCUUGCUGGUGCUGUUGUCGGGGUUCAUCAAUUGGGGGUUCGAUGGCUAUUGAGAACACAUUUCAUAUGAUCUAGUAUGGUUUUGUAUAAUAGUUUAAUAGUGUACAUGGAAACAGCAAGCCAUCUUAUUCAUUGCUAACCGCAU